AAAAGUGUUAUAGAGAAGAAAAGACAUGGUUGAGAGAGAGAAAGAGAUACAGACUACUUCGGAAGGGUUAAGUCAGAGAUUGAAGGAAGAAGAUCGUAUAAGCCAAUUACCUGAUCCUUUGAUAUGUCACAUUCUCUCUCAUCUCCCCCUAAAGGAAGCUGUAAAGACAAGCGUUAUAUCCACCAGAUGGAGAAGUCUUUGGCUUUGGCUUCCUAGUUUGGAAUUGGCAUGGUCGAAAUUCCCUAAUCCCAAUGCCUUAAUGAGUUUCGGUGACAGGUUUCUUGAUUCCAAUAGGGUUUCACGUAUAGACAACCUCAAUGUAACUAUUGACAAUGAUGCCUCACAUCUCACGUCAUGGAUAGAUGCUGCGGUUAAGCGUAAGGUCCAACAUCUAGACCUUUGUUGUCGUCGUCUAAAUAGGUAUCCUGAGUUACCCACAAGCACUUAUACAUGUGAGACACUGGUAUCUUUAAAACUUGAUCGGGCGGACUUGGCUAAUGCCAAAUUUGUUUUCCUACCUUGUCUGAAGACUUUACACUUAAAAGAUAUUUUUUAUCCAAAUGAAGCUAUUUUUGAGAGACUUGUCUCAUCCUGCCCUGUCCUGGAGGAGUUAUUAAUGGUCACAUCUGUGUAUGAUGAUAAUGCAAUACACUUUCGGGUCUUCUCUAGUUCAUUGAAGAAGUUCAAAAUAACAAUACAGAAAUUUGGGGUUUCUUCUUGUACUUCAGGAGUUGUGAUUGAUGCUCCUCUACUAAGAUUUUUGAGCAUCAAUGAUGACUUAUCAGAAAGCUUGGUUGUAAUAAACAAAAUGCAUCCCGAUGCCAAGUUAGAUAUUUCUACUUCCUUUGAUUUGACAGUUUUUGAUGAACAAACAGUUUCUUUGAAGAGAAAUAGCAUCCGCGGGUUUCUCUCGCAGAUUUCGAUGGUUAAAGAUAUGAAGAUAAGUAGAGACACUGUCAAGGUCAUAUGUCAAUACUCGACAUUAGGGUCGUUGCCUCAGUUUGUUUAUAUGUCCCGUCUGAGUGCAGCUAUCCAUUACUCCGAUUUGAAAGAGUUACUAACCUUUCUUACGAGCUGUUCAACUAGCAAGGUACCUUUUUAG